CCACACACUCCACUUAACCAACUUAGCCCCUAAAAAAAAAAAACUACAAAAAAAACAUGGCACCGUCCUGUUCUGCUCGUCAUCUCUUCUCGGUACUUUUAGUGGCGCUUUUCAGCAGCACAGCGAACUCGCAGUAUGAAAAAUACAGCUUCAGGAGCUUCCCACGGCACGAGCUCAUGCCUCUGGAGUCCGCGUACAAGUACGCGCUGGACCAGUACACCGAGGAGAAGUGGAAGGAGACGGUGGAGUACAUGGAGGUGUCCCUGCGCCUCUACCGGCUGCUGCGGGACAGCGAGGCCUUCUGCAACCUCAACUGCAGCUCCGUCAGGCUGGAAGACGAGAGCAAGUUUGCCGACUUUCCAGAACUGCACGCGUUCGGCAACGUGAUGAAAAGGGCGCAGUGCUUAAAGCGCUGCAAACACGGACUGCCCGCCUUCAGACAGACCAUGCCCAGCCGGGAAACCAUCGACGAGUUCGAGCGACGGGAGCCGUACAGAUACUUGCAGUACGCCUACUUUAAAUCUGACAACCUGGCGAAGGCGGUGUCGGCCGCCCACACCUUCCUGCUGAAGCAUCCAGAUGAUGAGAUGAUGCAGAGGAACAUGGCCUACUACAAGAGUCUGCCCGGCGCCGACGAACACCUCAAAGACCUGGAGACAAAAUCAUAUGAGUCGUUGUUCGUGCGUGCUGUGAGGGCAUACAACGGAGACAACUUCCGCACUUCGGUGUCAGACAUGGAACUGGCGUUGCGGGACUUCUUCAAGGUCUAUGAUGAGUGUCUGGCUGCUUACGAGGGUCCCAGAGACAUCAGGGACUUUAAAGACUUCUACCCGUCCAUUGCCGAUCACUACAUGGAGGUCCUGGAGAAGAAAGUGAGAUGUGAGAGCGAGCUGACGCCUGUCGUAGGGGGUUUUGUUGUGGAGAAGUUUGUGGCCACCAUGUACCACUACCUGCAGUUUGCCUAUUACAAAUUGAAUGACCUGAAGAACGCAGUGCCAUGUGCAGCCAGCUACGUACUGUUUGACCCUGAUGAUGACGUCAUGAAGAACAACAUGGUGUACUACCACUUCCACCAAAAACAGUGGGGGCUGACAGAAGAGGACUUCUUCCCCCGAUCAGAGGCGGUGCGGUACUACAACCAGACCACGAUGCAGCUACAAAUGCUGGAGUUCGCCAGACAGAAACUGGCAAGCGACGAUGAGGGGGAGGUGGUGGAGUUUAUAGAUGAGCUCCUGGAUGAGGAUGAAUAGCACACAUUGGAAACUGCUGCAAAACACUGAGAAUGGAACAUCAAAACAGCAUCACGCCUUCUAUUUAUUGGAUGUUGUAAAAUUUGAUGAUCUGUGUUUGUUGUCUUUUGUGUGUGUGUGUGCAUUCAAUAUCCAGUUCUCAGUCAUACCAUUUCCUCCGCUGUGAGUCGUCUUUGUUGUCUUCCGAGAACUGUCUUUUUUACAAUAAAAUAAACCACAUGCCAGA